AGGAGUAUUGAUUACUUUUCUCACCAUCUCCUCCUUCUCCUUCUUCUCCUUUUAGGCACAAUUGUUGUUAUUGCUGCUACCACAAUCUUUCAACUUGCAUUGCAUUGCAUUCAUUGCGCGCUAUCUGCGAUCUCCAGCUAUUUGUCAAUUAUUUUUUUGUCAUCUCCACCCAAUUGAUAAUAAUAGCUUGGUUUGAGAUUCCUGGUAUUAUCCAAUUAUAUUUGAGUUCCUGUCGGUAUAUAUGACAAAUUGGUCCGACUCCCGAUCUCCGACGGAAAAAAGAUUAGAAGACGGAAAAGUAAUUGGCGUCAUCAUCCACAAUGUCCGACAUUCGCUCUCCUACUUGGAUUCAUCCUGCUCUUACUAAGCCCAACGAUCCCCCACAACCUCCUCAAACGGUAUUCGAUGAAGCUGUUACACCUUCAGCUACGGCACAAUCCUUUUUAGGGUUCAAUGGCAUGAACUUAAAAGUUAAUGCCGGGGAUAAUCUCCGACGCGACCAGGGCGUACAAGUUGGUUCUCUAAAUGCCAUCAAGACCAACUUUUCGGACAAUGAUCUAUCCGAGUCAUCGACUGACGCAUCUACAACAUUUUCUGCUGCAACAACUGUAGGAAGUGACUGGGCUUCUGUUCCAUCAUCACCGGUUUUUCCUACUAGAGCUUCCAGAACUUUUCAUGACCACAGCAAAAACGAUCUGUCUGUCGACGCCGUACCCCGCCAGACUGUUAUGAAAGCAUUGGCUUCUCCAAGAAGAGAACACAAUCCACAACACCUUUCUUUAGCAAAUAUGAGAUCACCACUCACCGAGACACCCGGUACUGCCUCGUCGCAAAAACUCAACGCAGCAUUGUCGGACUUGGCACAGCGAAACACUCCUGCCACGGCUCGAUUUCCCUCUUUGCAGUCCCCAUGUUUUUACCAUCAACGAUUCGACGAUGCAGUUAAUAUCGAAAAAGUGCUCGAAGAGAUUAACGGAGACGAAUCCAUGUCACAUUCUCGACUCAUGGCAACGGCUACUGGUGUGCGAGAAGUUUCUAAGCAAUUACAAAGACGUCCAAUCAAGAGAGCUGUGCGCAAUGUUAUGAUUGUCACAAAGGCUAGAGAUAAUCAGUUGGUUAAUUUGACCAAGGAUUUAGCACUUUGGCUCAUGAGCACUCCACGAUAUGGCUCAGACCUUGGUGUUAAUGUUUAUGUUGAUGCGAAGUUGCGCAACUCGAAGCGUUUUGGAGCAGCAGCAUUGGUUGAAUCACAACCGCGAUUUCAACAUCUCUUGAGAUAUUGGUCACCAGAUCUUUGUUGGAGUCAACCAGAGAAAUUUGAUCUUGUUCUCACUCUUGGUGGUGAUGGUACUGUUUUAUUUACUUCUUGGCUCUUUCAACGUAUUGUCCCUCCGAUUUUAUCGUUUAGUCUGGGUAGUUUAGGCUUUUUGACUGGAUUUGAAUAUGAUCGAUUCAAAGAGCAUUUAAAUAAGGUUAUGGGAGAGGAAGGUAUGCGAGUUAACCUUCGUAUGCGCUUCACAUGUACAAUUUACCGGGAUGGAAAGGAACAAGGUCAGGAAGCGUUAGAAGGCGAACAGUUUGAGGUUCUCAACGAACUCGUUAUUGAUCGAGGACCAUCUUCUUACAUCUCUAACCUCGAGUUAUAUGGCGACAAUGAACUCUUGACUGUUGUUCAAGCUGAUGGAUGUAUCUUCUCAACACCUACUGGCUCAACCGCAUACUCAUUAUCUGCUGGUGGCUCAUUGGUCCACCCAGAUAUUCCUGCCAUCCUCCUCACCCCGAUUUGCCCUCAUACCCUUUCCUUCCGCCCAAUGAUUCUCUCGGAUUCACUCUUACUUCGAGUAUCUAUUCCGCGUAACUCCAGAGCUACCGCUUAUUGCUCAUUUGAUGGAAAAGGUCGUGUUGAAUUGAAGCAAGGUGAUCAUGUCACCAUUGCCGCUUCACAAUAUCCAUUCCCAACUGUUGUUAGCUCUCCCUCAGAGUGGUUCGAUAGUGUAUCCAGAACUCUUAGAUGGAACACUCGCGGUGCCAUGCAAAAAGCUUGGGAUGGUACGGAAGAAAACAAAGAAGAAGAAGCUGAAUGGGAUAUUGAUACUGAUUCGGCUUGUUAUGGAAGCGAAGAAAACAGUCUUAGUGCAAGUCCACUAAGAAGACAAAUGAGCAUGCUUGGCAUGUAAAUGUGUCUGCCUGAUUUAAUUGUACGCUUUGGGUACAAAUGGUUUCAUGAUACAGUCUCUUCCCGUCGCCUCCCACCACAUAUAUGGCGCAUUACAAGAUCUAUAACUACAUGUUGUAUUACUUAAUACCCCUUUUUUUACAUUUAGUCCGACAUCAACAAGAGAUGAUGCGGACAUUUUACAGUUAGAACUUGAAAGUAGGCGUUGGUUUUUUUAAAUUAAGCGAAUAGACGUUGGAGCUUUAGAGAGGAAUAAAGAUGAUAAAUAGUAGUGGCUUGAUAGACAGCUACGAAAUUUAGAUGCGAAUAUCAUGACUUUUGCUGGCCAGAACUGUCAGUUUAUAAA